AGGAAGUUCGGACCUGCCGUACAGCGUCAGAAACUGUCGUAGAAUGACGCUCAGACUGCUGGCCCUGCACUGCCGAACAGGCGUGGAUCUGCUGUAGCAUUUCUUUCAUAAAUGAACUGUAAUAUCUUUGAUAUCUUUUUGUUUCUGGCAUCUGAUCCGACGCUGUGAAUUUGGACAAGAUUUGACACACUUGACGGCGGCAACGGUCUCCAGCGAGGAUGUUUAAAAAAUUUGACGAAAAGGAAAAUGUGUCCAACUGCAUCCAACUGAAAACAUCAGUGAUCAAAGGCAUCAAAAAUCAGCUCCUGGAACAGUUUCCUGACAUCGAGUCAUGGCUCAAUCACAUAAUGCCCAAAAAGGACCCGGUGAAGAUCGUCAGAUGCCAUGAACACAUUGAAAUCCUGACAGUCAAUGGAGAGCUGCUUUUUUUCAGACAGAGAGAAGGACCAUUCUACCCAACCCUCAGACUGCUGCAUAAAUAUCCUUUCAUUCUUCCACACCAGCAAGUAGACAAAGGGGCCAUUAAAUUUGUCUUGAGUGGAGCGAACAUCAUGUGCCCGGGGCUGACGUCACCGGGCGCCAAACUCUACCCGGCCGAGGCUGACACAGUAGUUGCCAUAAUGGCUGAGGGAAAACAACAUGCACUUUGUGUUGGAGUGAUGAAGAUGUCUGCAGAGAGCAUAGAAAAAGUCAACAAGGGAAUUGGAAUUGAGAACGUUCACUAUCUGAAUGACGGACUGUGGCACAUGAAGACGUAUAAAUGAUGAAACACCAGCUGCACCAAAACCACCUCUCGGAGAACAUGGGGAGCUCUUGACAGCACGGAGGUCUGAGCUGCCAGUCAACUGUUUACACGUCCAAACGCCGCUGUGUAACCUGCUGGGGGCUUCGAAUUGACCAUUGUUAGGCACAAAUAAAUGAAAAAUCUUGCUUUAAACCA